UUGGAUGAGUGAUUUUUUUUUAACGGCGCCGACGGGUCCUAAAACCCUGCUCCGCGGAUGCUGUUAAGCAGCGGGAGAACAGCAACAGUUCCCAGCCAGCACAGCUCGGUUCAGGCUGUUUGGUGAAGCAGUCCAACGAGGUCUUCACCUGUGCCACAGUGUGAUGAAUCCAUGUUCCUCUUUGGUCGAGCUGGGUAGCGAACGAUGGUGACCAUGACAGAGGCGCACUGACGCCCUCGCUCCUCUCUUUCCACAUCAAGUCUGCACGAGCAACAGCAGCCAUAACAAUGAGCUCUCACAGUUGCCAAGGUGGAUUAACCAGCACGGAGAAGCCUCUGGAACUUAUUAAACCAACGGCACACAACCAUUUUGUGGACGUGAGCACAGCGGCGCUGCCCUCCACCGCCACAGCCAUCCUUCCCAUGGAUCUGCGCAUAGUGGACCACGCUCACCACCACCAGCAGCAGCCCUCCUUUGGCUUGGUUCCUCCACCCCACCCCACGCCACCCACCUCCACGUCUACUGAGACAGGCCGCGGACCAGUCAUUAGCCAGCAGGAGCAGCACCUGCAGCAGGAGCUGGUGGCUCUUAAACACAAGCAGCAGCUCCAGAGGCAGCUACUCAUCGCAGAGUUUCAGAGGCAACAUGAACAGCUAUCACGACAACAUGAAGCCCAGAUGCAGGAGCAUGUUAAGCACCAACAGGAGUUACUGGCGCUCAAGCAUCAACAAGAACUGUUGGAGCACCACAGAAAGAUGGAGCAACAACGUCACGAGGAGCAGCUGGAGAAGCAGCAGCGAGAACACAAACUCCAACAGCUCAAAAACAAGGAGAGGGGACAAGAGAGUGCAGUCGCCAGUACAGAGGUAAAGAUGCGACUUCAGGAGUUUGUCCUGAGCAAAAAGAAAGCCUUGGCUCAGCGAAACCUAAACCACUGUCUGCCCAGUGACCCACGCUACUGGUAUGGAAAAACUCAGCAUAGCUCUUUGGACCAGAGCUCACCUCCACAAACGACACUGUCGGCGUACAACCAUCCCAUGCUGGGCACAUACGACUCAAAAGAUGACUUCCCUCUCCGCAAAACCGCUUCUGAGCCCAACCUAAAGCUUCGUUCCCGGCUAAAACAGAAGGUGACGGAGCGUCGCAGCAGCCCUCUGCUCCGUAGGAAAGAUGGACCCCUUGCUACUGCUAAGAAGCGUCCCCUAGACGUUGCUGAGUCUGCAUGUAACAGUGCACCAGGCUCAGGUCCCAGUUCGCCCAACAAUGGCUCCAGUAACAUCCCCACAGAGAAUGGGAUCACAAUCUGCAGCAGUCCAGGAGAGACCUCGCUGCUCCAGAGGCUGGCAACACGGGAAGGGUCAGUUAGCCAGCUCUCUCUCUACACCUCUCCCUCUCUGCCCAACAUCACCCUGGGCCUGCCAGCCACAGGACCUGCUAGCACUGUGGUAUCGGGACACCAAGAUGGCGAGAGUCAUCUGGCAUUGCCUGCAUUGCAGCAGGGCAUUCCACUGACCCCUCCUUUCCUGCCCUCCCACCUGCCCCCCUACUUGGCAUCUUCAGCACUGGACAGGGAGGGCCCAGGAGGGGGCACGGCGGGUCACAACCCCCUCCUCCAACACAUGGUACUGCUGGAUCCAAGCCACAGUCCAGUGGUUGGGCUGGGUGGCCUACCGCUGCCGUCGCCCUCCGUCUCCAAGCUCAUGCGCAGCCACCGUCCCCUGGGGAGAACGCAGUCGGCGCCUCUGCCCCAGCAGCAGUGCGGACAGACACAGGCCCUGCAGCACCUGGUGGUCCAGCAGCAGCACCAGCAGUUCCUGGAGAAGCACAAACAACUGUUCCAACAGCAGCAGCAGCAGCACAUCAUUAACAAGAUAAUGUCCAAGCCCGGCGAUCAGGCCUCAGCUGCAGGCCCGGGUGCCUCAGGACCAGGCAGGCAACACCAGAGUCACCCGGAAGAGACGGAGGAGGAGCUUAGGGAGCACCAGGCGCUCUCCUCGUCAUCAUCGUCCUCCUCUCCUACCUCUGGGCAAGAGACGGGGUUGCUACGUGGGGUGGUCAUCAAGCAGGAGCCUCCGGAUCCCCAGGAGCAAGAAGAGAGGGAGCAGAGAGAGAGGCAGGCUGAGCAGGACUUCCUGUUCAGACAGCAGGCUCUGCUCUUAGAGCAGCAGCGGAUCCACCAGUUGAGGAAUUACCAAGCCUCGAUGGAAGCAGCCGGGCUUUCGGCCAAUUUUGCUGGCCACCGGCCUCUGUCGAGAGCUCAGUCAUCGCCAGCCUCUUCCUCCUUCCCCAUGGUCGUGCAGGAGCCGCCAGCCAAACCUCGAUUCACUACAGGUCUUGUGUAUGAGUCUUUGAUGCAGAAGCACCAGUGCAUAUGUGGUAGCACAACGAGUCAUCCAGAGCACGCUGGCCGCAUUCAGAGCAUCUGGUCCCGACUGCAGGAAACAGGCCUCAGGGCGCACUGUGAGUGUAUCCGUGGUAGGAAGGCCUCAUUGGAGGAGUUGCAAACAGUCCACUCUGAAGCCCACGUCAUGCUAUAUGGAACUAACCCGCUGCGGCAGAAACUAGACAGUUCAGUAAAUCCCAUGUUUGUGAGGUUGCCGUGUGGAGGCAUAGGGGUGGACAGCGACACCAUUUGGAAUGAAGUCCAUUCAUCCAGCGCAGCGCGUCUGGCUGUUGGCUCUGUGGUGGAGCUCGUCUUCAAAGUAGCAUCGGGAGAACUGAAGAAUGGCUUCGCUAUCGUUCGACCCCCUGGACACCACGCUGAGGAGAGCACACCUAUGGGUUUCUGUUAUUUUAACUCAGUCGCCAUAGCAGCCAAGCUCCUGCAGCAGAGGCUCAAUGUCAGUAAAAUCCUCAUCGUAGACUGGGAUGUCCACCAUGGCAAUGGCACCCAGCAGGCCUUCUACGCUGACCCCAGUGUCCUUUACCUGUCCCUGCAUCGUUACGAUGAUGGGAAUUUCUUCCCGGGAAGUGGCGCACCCGAUGAGGUGGGCAGUGGAGCAGGUGAAGGUUUUAACGUGAACAUGGCCUUUACUGGGGGACUGGACCCUCCUAUGGGGGAUGCAGAGUAUCUAGCUGCAUUCAGGACGGUGGUCAUGCCUAUUGCCAAUGAGUUUGCGCCUGAUAUGGUUCUGGUAUCUUCUGGCUUUGAUGCAGUAGAUGGACAUGCUCCACCGCUGGGAGGAUACAAACUGACAGCCAAAUGCUUUGGCUACCUGACCAGGCAGCUGAUGGGUCUGGCAGGCGGUCGGCUGGUGCUUGCCUUGGAGGGGGGUCACGACCUCACAGCCAUAUGUGAUGCCUCUGAAGCCUGCAUCUCUGCUCUGCUUGGCAAUGAGUUGGACCCCAUUCCCGAUGAGGUGCUGCAGCAGAGACCAAAUGCGAAUGCGGUACGGUCUAUGGAGAAAGUAAUCGAAUUUCACAGUAAAUACUGGUGCUCACUGCAACGUUCUGCCUCCUCGCUGGGUUAUUCUUUGAGUGAGUCCCUCAAGCGUGAAGCAGAGGAAGCUGAAACUGUUUCUGCCAUGGCCUCAUUGUCUUUUGCAAACAAGCACGUUGGAAAGAGGGCUGCAGAGGAACCAAUGGAAGAGGAAGCUCCUAUGUAAAGAAACAUCCACGACCUUUUUGAUCACUCACACUCGUCUGUGGCAUUUUAUCGUUACAAAAAUGGACCACUGAAGAUGAGCAACACUUUUGCUGAUCAGCGGUGCACUGAGCAAUCAGCAUAAAUGCAUUGCAUUGCACUUAAAGACUUUUGGAUAUACGAUUGUUUCAGCUAUCCCGUAAUGACAACCUCCAGUGCCAGUGCUUUUAAAACACUAGACAGACAUACUUUUGAUUGCCAGUGAGAACCAUGCAGAGGACCUACAGUCAUCUACUCUUCAUGUAAUUCUGCUCUGUCCCUGCUUUAUCUUCAUCUCUUCGCUUUCGUGAAGACCACCAUAGCUAUUGUGAUUGUUACUCUGGACUAAAGAUGGGUUCUUGCUCUUUCCAGAUAUCUAAACGAGAGGGAAAAAAACGUCAGUUUUCCAUGUUGCUGAAGGUUAGAGAUGAGAAAGGUCACAAACCUGUUAGAGUAAAAGACAUUUGUGCCUUUCCCCCCACCCCGUCUAAACUUGGUGGAAUUUUUUUGAACUCCACUGGAAGAGUUUUGCCUUAAAAAUAGUUUUGGGACUGAGGCCUCUUCUCCCCAAGCCCUCACACAUUUCUAUCCUGGCAAGACAUCCACUGCCUGCAUGUUGUUGGCACAUAGACUGAAGGACUUUGGCAUGUUUACCUAUAAUUCCCUGCAACCAGCCUACUGUCUCUGCCCCCACCUUUUCCCCUCAUUUUCAGUGUCAGCUUGGAAGGUAGUUCCCAGCCACAAGUUGGAGGUGGCUCCUUUAAAAAGGAAAUUAAGAGUUGGAAUUGUAUCGUUUAGUCACAUAGCCACCAGUUCUUCUUUGUCAGAGAAAGAUAUACGUAGCAUGCACUUUACUGGAGCACUUGGACUUAUAUCGUAUGUAGUAGUUACAUAAAAAUGAAGCCAAAGCAUGACAGAUUAUUGUCUCUGUAGAGUAUAACCACUUACCGCCCCACACAUAUAACAACGACUGAGCAGUGUCGGUAUUUACAUUAGAAUUUGUCUCACUUUUUCAGACAUUUGCCGAAUGGAAAUAAACUAAUCUCACAUGGGCUCAUUUGUUGAACCAGCCCUCUCUUUAAGACAAGGACCAUACCACCUGGGAUUUUCCAGAGGGGUGUUCUGGAGCUUUCAGAGCUGGCCUAACAUCUUUCGAUCCUUUCGAUCGAGAACAUCUGCUUUGCAAAUGUCAGGUGAUACGAGGCAGGUGUGAAUGUUUCUGCCUCUUCGUAUACAAUAAAGCACAAACUGUUCUCUCUA